AUGGCACACGUGGCCUUGCUGCCCUCGCAGCUCAUCCAGGCGCUGGCGCGUCUCGUACAGGCACUCUCGCAGCCACCGCAUCUGCGCAUGCGCAGCCAAGCACGCGUCGUCUACAAGAUUAAGAUGAUGUCAGAAGGAGCAGAGAGGUUUUGCCAACCCGUUCGUGGAGGAGUUCGUUCUCGUAGACGCGCGCCUCCACCGCCUUCAGAAGCUUCAGCUGCGAGUUCUCAGGCGCGGCCCUCCCGCGCCACACCCACGCGCAGAUGCGGCCCCAGAUCUAAGCACGGCAAUUCCCAAUUGGUUCACAGUAGUAAAACAGGUGCUUUUCAUCCAUUACAAAAUGUAGAUAUAACUCUCAAAAAUGCUCUUCAGAUCAAUAACGGUACUUUAUUAACUUUAUUGGAACGUAAGCUUUUGGGAUAUAUUCAAAUUCGUAAGGGUUCUAAUAAUGUUGGUAUUAUAGGUAUUCUUCAGUCUUUUGCUGCCAUUAAAUUGUUUGUAAGGAGCAAACGUAUUCUAUGA